GUCAUUAGCAGCCGACCCUAUUGUAACACACUGUGCUUUAAAAUGUAAACCGUGUGGCAUUUUCCUUGCAUUGUCCAGAAGGAACUUUCUCCUGCGUGAGCCUGGAUUAAACAUGAGAGAGCUCGUCAACAUUCCACUGGUACAUAUUCUCACUCUGGUUGCCUUCAGCGGGACUGAGAAACUUCCCAAAGCUCCUGUCAUUACUACUCCUCUUGAAACUGUGGAUGCCCUAGUUGAAGAAGUGGCUACUUUCAUGUGUGCAGUGGAAUCCUAUCCUCAGCCUGAGAUUUCUUGGACCAGAAAUAAAAUUCUCAUUAAGCUUUUUGACACCCGGUACAGCAUUAGGGAGAAUGGACAGCUCCUCACCAUCCUGAGUGUGGAAGACAGCGAUGAUGGCAUUUACUGCUGUAUAGCCAACAAUGGCGUGGGAGGAGCCGCUGAGAGCUGCGGAGCCCUGCAAGUGAAGAUGAAACCUAAAAUAACUCGCCCUCCAAUCAACGUAAAAAUAAUAGAGGGAUUAAAAGCUGUUCUGCCAUGUACUACAAUGGGCAACCCCAAGCCAUCUGUCUCCUGGAUUAAGGGAGAUAGUGCUCUUAGGGAAAACACCCGCAUUGCAGUUCUUGAAUCUGGGAGUUUAAGGAUUCACAAUGUGCAAAAAGAAGAUGCCGGACAGUACAGAUGUGUGGCAAAAAACAGCCUGGGGACGGCAUAUUCCAAGCUGGUGAAGUUGGAAGUCGAGGAAGAAAGUGAACCUGAGCAGGAUACUAAAGUUUUUGCCAGAAUCCUGCGGGCUCCUGAAUCCCAUAAUGUCACCUUUGGCUCCUUUGUGACCCUGCGCUGUACAGCAACAGGCAUCCCUGUCCCCACCAUCAGCUGGAUUGAAAACGGAAACGCUGUGUCUUCUGGGUCCAUUCAAGAGAGUGUGAAAGACCGAGUGAUUGACUCAAGAUUGCAGCUGUUUAUCACCAAGCCAGGUCUCUACACCUGCAUCGCUACCAAUAAACAUGGAGAGAAAUACAGUACUGCAAAGGCAGCAGCGACCAUCAGCAUAGCAGAAUGGAGUAAACCACACAAAGAUAACAAAGGCUACUGCGCCCAGUACAGAGGGGAGGUGUGUGACGCAGUCCUGGCGAAAGACGUUCUUGUUUUUUUCAACACCUCCUACACGGACCCUGAGGAGACCCAAGAGCUACUGAUUCACACUGCCUGGAAUGAGCUGCAAGCUGUGAGUCCCUUUUGCCAGCCAGCUGCUGAGGCUUUGCUAUGCAACCAUAUCUUCCAAGAGUGCAGCCCUGGAGCAGUAGCUACUCCUACCCCCAUUUGCAGAGAGUACUGCUUAGCGGUAAAGGAGUUCUUCUGUGCAAAAGAAUGGCUGGAGAUGGAAGAAAAGACCCACAGAGGACUCUACAGAUCUGGGAUGCAUCAGCUGUCUAUGCCAGAUUGCAGCAAGCUUCCUAGCAUGCACUGGGACCCCAUGGCCUGUACCAGACUGCCAUACUUAGAUUAUAAAAAAGAAAACCUAACAACAUUCCCGUCAAUGACAUCCUCAAAGCCAAGUGUGGACAUUCCAAAUUUGCCUUCUUCCUCCUCAUCUUCCUUCUCUGUCUCACCUACAUACUCCAUGACUGUAAUCAUCUCCAUGAUGUCCAGUUUUGCAGUAUUUGUGCUUCUUACCAUCUCUACUCUUUAUUGCUGCCGAAGAAGAAAAGAAUGGAAAAAUAAGAAAAGAGAAUCAGCAGCAGUGACCCUCACCACACUGCCUUCCGAGCUCUUGCUUGACAGGCUUCAUCCCAACCCCAUGUACCAGAGGAUGCCCCUCCUUCUGAAUCCCAAGUUGCUCAGCCUGGAGUAUCCGAGGAAUAACAUUGAGUAUGUGAGAGAUAUCGGAGAGGGAGCAUUUGGAAGAGUCUUUCAAGCAAGGGCUCCAGGCUUACUUCCCUAUGAACCUUUCACGAUGGUGGCAGUAAAAAUGCUCAAAGAAGAAGCUUCAGCAGAUAUGCAAGCAGACUUUCAGAGGGAGGCGGCCCUCAUGGCAGAAUUCGACAACCCUAACAUUGUGAAACUCUUAGGAGUGUGUGCCGUCGGGAAGCCCAUGUGCCUGCUGUUUGAAUACAUGGCCUACGGUGACCUCAAUGAGUUCCUCCGCAGCAUGUCCCCUCACGCUGUGUGCAGCCUCAGUCACAGCGACCUGUCCAUGAGGGCUCAGGUCUCCAGCCCGGGACCCCCACCCCUCUCCUGUGCCGAGCAGCUUUGCAUUGCCAGGCAGGUGGCAGCUGGCAUGGCUUACCUCUCUGAGCGCAAGUUUGUUCACCGAGAUUUAGCCACCAGGAACUGCUUGGUGGGUGAGAACAUGGUGGUGAAAAUUGCAGACUUUGGCCUCUCCAGGAAUAUCUACUCAGCAGACUACUACAAAGCUAAUGAAAACGAUGCUAUCCCGAUCCGCUGGAUGCCACCCGAGUCCAUUUUCUACAACCGCUACACCACAGAAUCCGACGUGUGGGCCUAUGGUGUGGUGCUCUGGGAGAUCUUCUCCUAUGGCCUGCAGCCCUACUAUGGAAUGGCCCACGAGGAGGUCAUUUACUACGUACGAGAUGGCAACAUCCUCUCCUGCCCCGAGAACUGCCCUUUGGAGCUAUACAACCUAAUGCGUCUGUGCUGGAGCAAGCUGCCGGCAGACAGACCCAGCUUCCCGAGCAUCCACCGGAUUUUAGAGCGCAUGUGUGAGAGGGCAGAGGGAACUGUGGGUGUCUAAGGUUGACAAUGUUCAGAUAAAACGUUACAGUCUCCUCUCAGACUCUGUGAGCCAGAGGAAUCCUACACCAAAGCCCCAACGAGACCCAGAUAGGAAAGAAUAACAGCACACAUCAGUAGUCCAUUGUUUGCUUCCCCGGGAAAACAAAGUCAGUGUAGAAUCCAUGUGACAGGCCUACCCAUUGAAAUUGAUGAUUGGAAACAUAGGCUAGGAAAUGGGUCAGAUAACAGGAGAUAACUCUUCUUUCUGGUGGGGAAAGUUUGUAACACAUGUUGUACAGGAAAGGAUGUCAUCCGGUUCAGUUCCUGAAUUAGCUGGCAAUAGAGAAACUCAGUCUUAUUAAAUUUUAGUAGGACCUGGGAUUCAGAGGUUCAUUUCUGAUAGAAUUAAGUCCUGUGCAUUGUAAAAGCAGUGUGUCUUCAUGUAAGGCAUUUAGGUAAAGUACAGAAAACUGAAAAGGAGAAACAAUUCUUCCACUACCCAAAAGCAGACCAGGGAUUCAUUUUUUGUUGAAUUUCUUUCUUGCAUUUAACACAUAAUUUUAUAUCUGUUUGUAUUCUAGAGUUGUGGUUACACUAUAUUGAUAAUGGGUUUCUAAGAAAUAAAAUGACAGAUC